AUGGUUUUGGAUUACGUUACUUUCAAUAGGAAAUGUCGACAGUGCGAUGAAAAUAAAAAAAAUAAUAUUGAAAAAGAUCAUGAUUGUCGCCUUAAUUUUCAUGGCAGCGCCAAAGGCAUGGAAGCCGAAGGUGCUUUAAAACUUGUUACUGAAAGUAAAAUCCUAAAAGAAUCAAAUGUUGAAAUUGGCGUUUUCAUUGCCGACAAUGACAGCAGCAGAAUAAAUGCAGUGCAAAAUGCCUCUAAUUAUGUGAUAAUUAAGCAAUCCGAUAUGAAUCACACAGCAAAAGGUGUCAGUAAUGCCCUUUACAACAUCAGUUCGAAAACAAAUAAAGAUCCUGAUCGUGAAUUGCAACACGACACAAUAAAAACUUUAAAAAAAUAUUUUAGUUACGCAGUCAAAAAAAAUGUUGGAAAUCUUCAAGAAAUGAAAGAUGCUAUAACUAAUAUACCAUAUCAUGCUUAUAAUCUUCAUGAUAAGUGUGGAUCGUGGUGUAAAGCAAAUGAAAAUAAAGAAAAUUACGUCGGACUGCAGUUAAAAAGUCAAGUAUUGUUUGAUGAACUGGUAAUUUUAUUUGACAAACUUGCUGCGAAUGCUACGAAGUUUUUAAUGGCAGCAUCGUCGCAAGCUAAUGAGAGCCUGAACAAUUCAAUGGCUAGUUCUGCUCCGAAAAGAAUUUGCUAUAGUACAUCUGAGGCUUCCGAUUAUAGAUUUGCCUGUACAGUCCUACACAAGAAUUACGGAGAAGCAUAUAUCAGCAGUAUUUUUCAUGCUUUAGGUAUGGAAUCAACAGAGCGACUUGCUAAUCGUAUCCAACGUACAAAUCAAUGCGCUUCAAAACGCAAGUUAAGAGAAAAAGAAGUUAGUUUCAAGAGAAGGCGUAUUGAGCUCGCGCAGGCGCGGUCUCAAUUAAAAUAUCGCAAAGAAAAGAGCGAAGGGCUUGCAUACAGUAGCCAUAUGUCCCUUUUCGAUAACGAUGAUUAUUCGAUUACGCAAACUUCGGUUGCAGAAGACACUAGUAAUCCAGAAGCCAAAGAUGUGAAUAGUUCAGCAAUAUUUCACUCGAAUGAUACGGCCAUUGUUUUUUUUGACUUAGAGACGGGUGGGUUUGAUAUGUUUAAGGACGAAGUAUUACAAAUCUCAUUAAAGUGUGGUGACAAGUCUUAUGUCUGUUACCUUACACCAACGCGUGCAAUUAAUCCGAGAGCUUCCGAAGUACACAACCUGACUCGAAUUAAUAAAAAUUUGUAUAAAAAUGGCGAGCAAGUAGUAACACGCGCGAAAGCAGUUGUUGUAUCUGAAGUAUUACAGUUCUUAAAAGCUAUAGGUAAAAAAUGUAUCUUAGUUGCGCAUAAUUGCGAAUUUGAUUCGAAACGAUUUAUUCUUUUGAUAAAAAGUUGUGAUUUUCUCUGUGACUUCAAAAAAGUAGUUGUAGGUUUCACUGAUGCGCUGCCACUGUUCACGAAAACAAUUGUUGACGUUGAAAAUUAUAAGCUUACAACUUUAGCGGCGUGUAAAUUGAAUAUUUCUUGCUCCGAAGCUCAUGAUGCGCAAUUUGACGUAGAAGUAUUAGAAAAGCUGGCAAAAGCAUUUCUACAAUUGAAUGAUUUACUGGCAACAAAUGCAACAUUUGAUGACAUUUGUGCCGCUAUUGACAAAAAGCAACGCAGUAAAAUUAAUAUACACACCUUCCUACCUUUGGACGGCGCUAUUUCCAAAACAAUGAUGCAAAGAUUAUCCGAACAAAAUUUUACCUACUAUGAUUUAAUUGAUGCAUUUAUCAACGGAGAAGAUCAGGCUAAGCAGUUGUUACAAGGUAACGUGAAUGGGUCACCAACAGUGAUAAAAACAACCAAAAAUUUAAAUGCCAUUAUUGAACAUUUGAAGUUCGUCACGAAAGAGUAG